AUGGCCACAAAAGCCAAUUCAGACCAGAAAAACGCAAACGACAUGUCUCCCACUUCAACCACACAGCAACAAAAAGUGCCUCAACGAAAAAAGAAGGCAGCCAGAGCCUGUGUUCAUUGCCAAAAGGCACAUUUAACUUGUGAUGAUUCUCGACCAUGUCAACGAUGUAUAAAGAGGGAUUUAGCAAAUACAUGUACGGAUGGUGCUAGAAAGAAGGCGAAAUACCUGCAAGAUGCAGAAGACAAUAUGAGCAGCACAUCCAAUAAAUCGAGAUAUACACCGGCUCCCAGCCAGCAACUGAUGGACACAUUCAACAAUGGCAGUGCACAGCAGCCGUCAUUCUUAAAUGGAGCAAGCCUUAUCGAUGCAAAUCAACUACUGGGUCUAGAUAACAGCAACAAUGCUCUGAACUAUGGAUUUGGAUCGAACGCUACCAACCUGGAAUACUCCAUCUUAUCCAACAUGUUGGGCUCGCCACAGUUUAUGGACAAUGCGCAGAGCAAGAGCUGGAGCCCCAACAACAACACCACUACUAUUCAUCAUGAUACCCAUACUACAGCAACAUCCACAUCCACUACUGCAUCAACACCUGCUUAUACACCUAAUCUAGUAGGCGAUCCUAUUUUAUACUCACCUCAACAACAUUCUGAUCCAGCAACAUUUGCCAUUGCCAAAAUCGAUCAUAGUCCAAAAUCAAAUCUCAUCGUCACCCCACCUCCAUCAUUCAAAAAGAACCACUAUCCGCAACAGCAGCACAUGCAAUCGCAACGGAUGGGAUACAAUAAUGCCUCGAAACCAUUCAGCUAUGCGGACGGAUAUCACUAUCUUAUCAAUUAUGUGAGACAAAAAAUGGGAAGAGACGAGCUGAUGAGGAUCAGCAAAGCGUUGGCAUUGUUCAGACCAUCUGUGUUGGCUUCCAUGAUGAAUCUGACUGAGGAUGAUCUGAUCUUUACAGAGAAAUGUCUGCAGAGAACGUUGCUGGAAUACGAGAAGUUGAUCACUUACUCAGGCACACCAACGGUCGUCUGGAGACGAACGGGCGAAAUUGCACUGGUUGGCAAGGAGUUUUCAUUAUUAACGCAGUGGUCUCGAGAUGCGAUAUUGAGUAAAAAGACAUAUAUUUACGAGUUGAUGAGCGAUCCUUCUGCUGUUGAGUAUUGGGAAAAGUAUGCGUUGCACGCAUUCGAUAAUACGGAUUCAGCCGUGUAUAGUUCCUGCAUCUUGAUGAGUCCUACAAAGAGAGUGGUACCCUGCACUUUUUGUUUUACCAUAAAACGAGACAUUUUUGAUCUACCUAGCGUGAUAGUUGGCAAUUUUCUUCCCAUUCUCAGCUAG